UUGUGUGGAGUUUUGCUUACUUACUGACGCCAUAUUUGGGCGAAGUUUUGUGACUCAAAAAGUAUUUGGUUCACUGUUCCAUUAUACCAUAAAGCUAUACGGUAACACUUUAUGACAAGUGCUGCUAAAUUAAUAACAUAUUAAACUUAGGAACCUUCCUUCAAGUCUACUCACUUUGUCCGAGAAGUUCUGAUGAGGAGCUGAGUUGAGUUAUAGAGAGAUUCUGAAGUGGAUUGCACUAAUCCACCAUGGCGGGUGUAAGUUUGUUGUCUCCAGUUUUUAGUUGGAUAACGUGGAGUGUGACAAUAUUCGUGUACGGUGCAUUCUGUGAAGGUUUAGAUAUUCAGCCUUUUCAGUUCCCACGUGACGUACAAGAAGGAGAAGAUGUUCAGGCUUUAUGUAGCAUAGUUGGUGCUAAAAGUGAAGUGAAAUUUAAGUGGUUUAAAGACUCUUCUGUAAUACAGUCUGAAAAGCGAUGGAAAAUUUUAGACCAUGAAACAUUCUCUGUGUUAGUAGUUCAAAGUCCAUCAGUAGAAUCAUCUGGGAACUAUUCGUGUGUAGCCCAGAGUUCGAGCGAAGAAGAUAGAUACACAACUCAGCUUCUUGUAAAAGAUGAGGUGGUGGUCCCUGUUGUAGAAGAUGCAAGAAUCAGCUUACUUGAAGAUGGUUCUCUAAGGAUUUUAGACACCACACAAAGUGACAAAGGAUCUUACACUUGUGAAGUGUCUAAUGGGAUUGGUAACAGCCUUAUGAAGACUAUACAGUUAUCAGUUGAGGGUACCAUGUGUUUAGAUAUAAUUCACCAGUAUCAAUACCAGUACUCAUGA